UAUCAUAUUGUUUACAAUUACUGUAUAAUCAAUGUAUUACACAAUCAUAUGAUAUGUUAUUGUUUUGAGUUAGUGAUCACCAAAUGGUAACUUCAUAUCAUUGAUUACAUUAUCAUCAACUAUGAAGACAUAUAAACUUAAUGUCCAUAAAAAAGAUUUUUUUAAAGAGGAUUUGGUGAUUAAUCAGAAAGAGUUCCCACAACUGAAGGUCGGAGAUAUAAUUGAAAUCUUCUCUCCUGACGAUCACUUCAGUCGUCUCUUAAUGAGAGUCAAUGAAAAAAGUUUUGAAGAGAAUACCAGAGAUGGCAAAGAAAAUCAAAAGAUUAGUAUUGAACAGACAAUUGUAUCGACUUUUCAAUUAAGAUAUUAUUGUGAUGUCAUUGUCAACAAAGUGGACAAAAAGGAUGCCAUUUUAGAUUCAGUUGAACUCUUCUUUAAAGAUCAAUAUAUUGCAAGAAGUGAUAUGUGGCGACUCAAGAGACAUAUAUCCAAGAAUUGUGUUUAUUUGAAUCAAAAGCUCGAGUUUUGUAAUAUCAGGUGUCAGGUCUUUGAGAUGUGGUCUCAGGGAGAGAGAGUGGCCUCGGGUUAUGUUACCAAUCAAACUAAAGUUGUGUUAAGAUCUUCUUCAUCGAUGGUUUAUUUGUUUCUUCAAAUGAGUUCAGAGAUGUGGGAUUAUGACAUUAACGGUGAUCUAUACUUUGAGAAAGCUGUCAAUGGAUUUCUUUCGGAUCUCUUUGACAAAUGGAAACGUUUUAACUGUAGUCAUGACGUGACAAUUGUCAUGUUUUCGCGGACCUAUUUCGAUGCCUACUCUAUUGAGGACUUUCCAGAGUCAAUGCAAGAGUGUCUUCAACAGGAUUCAAAGGGACGCUUCUAUGAAGAUUACUAUAGAGUCGCCGUUCAGAAUGAAAGAAUGUAUGACUGGACUCAAUCUCUUAUUUUUCUUAGAAGACUUUUUAAUCAAUACGAAGAAGAAGUGAUCAAAUUUCAUGAGAAAAAAGGUCUUCGAGUUCCUAAAGCAUAUAAUUCCUCCUCAUCUCAGGGAAACUUUCUCGAAGUUUUAAAUAUGUCUUUGAAUGUAUUCGAAAGACAUCAUUUGGAUCGGAGUUUCGAUAGAACGGGACAGUUAUCUGUUGUUAUAUCACCCGGAGUUGGUGUCUAUGAAGUGGACUUAGACUUAACUAAUAUAACAAAACAACGAAUUAUUGAUAAUGGUAUUGGAAGUGAUUUAGUUUGUUUAGGGGAACAACCACUACAUGCCGUCCCUUUGUUUAAGAUUAACACAAAAUUUAAUACUCCAGCUUAUGCUAAUAGAAGUGAUGUUCAAUAUAAUAUGCCUCAUUGGAUCAAUUUGAGUUUUUAUUCGUCAUCAAAAUCAAUAAGUUAUUCAAAUUUUGUGCCGAGAAUUAAAUUACCGAAUGUUUUGUUGAAAAGCAAUCAUCAGACCAAAGCAUCCAAUCCUCAUCUCUAUCGGUCUCCAAGUCGAGAGUCGCCGUCUCAGCUCAAGUCGUGCCAAAACAUACCAUUUGUUGAUUACGAUGAAUACGAUUCACAGGUCUUCAGAAUAGCAUCUUCUCCACCAAAUACUUCAUUAAAUAAAUUGUCUAAUAUAUGUCAGCCAUCGAACCGAAGGAAUACUGUAUUAUCGGCGCAAACAAAUCGACCGUCAAAAACAUGUCGACGCGCUUCACAAGUAUAUACUUGUGAUGAGAUCUCCAUUUGUACGACAACUCCACCAAAUUCUCCCACAAAAUCAGAGUCAAUGGAAAUACCAAUUGUUUCUUCAUAUAGAACUGAAUUAAAUCAUAUUCACGGAUAUUUCACACAUUUAUCAACUUCUGUUGAAAAUAAAAGCAUUAAAGAUUUCAAGAGUAAACCCGAAUCUAAGGAUGAUUUGAUGGUUCGUGGAUACAGUACGAGUCAAAAGAAAGAUCAUCUUAAGUCAAAAGCAUUAAUCAAUCCAUUUGAUCCCUCACAUGUCACCAUAAAACUGAAUUCAAACAGAAGACGUUGGACUCAUGUGUUUCCAUUGGGACCGACGGGUAUUUUUAUGCAACAACAUCACUAUCAGGCUGUCCCCCAGAACCAGGCCUGUACUCUAUUGCCAUCAGCCGCUUGCGCUGAUACUUCACUUAUGAUGAGUGAUUCCAAAGAUAUGACAGAUGGACAGUCUUGUCGUAAGAUAUCAACCGUUCAAAUGAAAUCAUCAGAGUAUACGUGGAAUACAUUGGAUAAAAAGUCAACGCUUAAGACUCUUACAAAUAAUUCAAAUUUGAAUGAAAGUUACAAAACAUCAAAAAGUUCACAAAUAAGGACCACUUCUAUCGGAUUGAGUAAUGAGUUGUUUAAAAACUUAUCAUCAAUUCAUUCGGAUAGAAGUUUAUUGUGGGCGUGGGGUGCGACCGGUGAACAGGAGUGGACGCCCGCUAUUAUUACAGGAGUAGAUUGGAAGUCAUUAGUAAUGCCCGCUUGUCUUCCAAUAACCACUGAUUUUUUACCCGACAAACGGACACUACAACAGGAUUAUGUCACUUAUUGUUACAAUUUAUUACCUGAAGAGCAAAGUGAACAUCGAUUACAACAACGCUGUUAUCGUGGAGAAGAAGAUACCAAAUAUCAUCAGCCAUUGACUACAAUUCAAGUAUAUUUAGAGCUCGUUUGCCAGCGACUACAACAAGGAUUUCAAAUAAUUUUAUUACCGAAUUCAACAAAAUCUGAUAAAUCAAAAUUUAAUAACCGUUUUGAUAAAUAUGAAUAUGCAUUGAGUAUCGGAAGGAUAUUUCAUGAAUUAAAAUUGGAUGACAAGACUAUAUAUGUGACGUGUUAUCACCCGAGACAUCCCUAUCCUGUCAUUAAAAUACAUUACUGCUAUAGAAUUAGAACUCCUGAUAAUGAGACUUAUGGUGUUUCUUGGGUUGACUUCACCAGUGAAAAGCUGGAAAAUUAUAAGUGGAACUACUUAGACAACUACACGUGUCAGAAGGCCGACGAACACGAACUGAAAGAAAAUCUAAAAUAUUGGCGCUUUCGGCUUCUUAUGUUACCAUCGAUGCAAUCCAUCACUAAGACUAUUAUCGAAAAAUAUCUUUCCGGUGAAGACGAAUAUCCCUGUGAUCUCUAUCAUGACUUUACAGCUGAAGAAAAAAUACAAUUACAGGAAGGUUUCAUUAAAUUUUUAGAAAUCAUAAAUAGAAUUAGACGACCAGCUAAUACUCGAAGACCUAUUAUUAGAUCAGAUAACAGAAAGACAAUCAACACUCAAACAACUAACAGAAGAUUCAGUUCGAGUUCAUUACAAUCACAGACCAAUCAAACUCAGACAACUCGAAUGUCACAACCGCUUGAUAUUGCAAUCAAUGAGACUUUACUUCUUAAAGAUAAUCAAAAACUAAAGAAUCUUAAUAUCAGUGAUUGUGAUGAAGUUGACGGCGGAGUUGUUUCCAUUGUCACCUGUAAAUCACCGAUUGUUGAAACAGAUUUGACGUCUAAUAAAGAGUCAUUUGAGAGCAACGAAAUUACUAAAAGAUUAAACAUUCAAUCAAACCAUUUAGAAAUUAUUGAAGCCAUGAAAAAGUCAAAUGCUAUUAAUUUUCUAACGAAAUGUGGAGGUUUGCCGCCGUUUACUUUUAUUAGCGCCGAAGCUGUGUUUUGGGCCAAAGAUAACAUCGAAAAUGUCUUAACGGAAGGCAUUGCUAUUUCAUUGUUUCAAUCACUGAUAGAGUCGGGUCUUAUUUAUCACUCUUCUGGAGAUAAGAAACAACACUUCAAAUAUGGUUUUUAUUUGUAUUGUUUGUCGGAUGCAAACAGUGAAAAGUCAUUGUUUGUUAAUGAAUGUGAUAUUCAUAUGUUUGAAAAGGAAUAUAUGGAAGUAUCAAUAGUACCUCAAAGUAAUAUCGCUAAAAAUUUUGAGCACUGGUACUCUAAUACAACUGAGCUCUCGAACAAUAGUCUUUCACCUGAAGUUCAAGACUUCACAUUCAAGAAUACAGUGUUAGAUUUGGACGAUGGGUCUAAAAAUGGUAGAGUUGAAUGGGUUAACAUUAAAUAUCACAGUGUAUAUGAUCCGGAACAGGCAUUUGAAAUGAUUAUAGAGUGGAUGGUGUCAACUGGAAACUCCAUUUCCGAGAUUGUCAUGGGUUGGAGCCGUAAAGCUUCAUCAACUGGUCUUCAUUUAGUUCCAAUACCUGCCGAUCCGUUUGCACUUCCAUUUUCAAGUAAAUCCGAUCCAUUAAGAGGUCCUAUUUAUAUUACACUAAAUCUUGACACUCUACCAAAAAUGGCAACUAAACUGCUUGAAGGCGAAGGAUUGUUUAAUUUUCAGGAAAGGAUUUUAGUUAAGUUUGGUUUCAUCCCAUUUCAUGACCCGAGCACUGAUAAUCAAAGACAGUUUGUUCACGUGAGUGGAAGUAUUUUUGUGAUGAUUCCCAGCAAAAACCCGGCCUCAAGUCCAUACAAAAGUGUUAGAAAAAGAGGCAAAUUUGUAAAGGUUGACAACAAUGACAUGGCUUGCAGUCCACAUGAGGAGUAUAUAACCCGUCACUUCAGUGGUGUUAAACAAGCGGGAGAGUCGGCACAUAUUGAAACAAAAAUUGGAUUUCUUUGGUGUUGGAAUUAUAUGAUAACCAAGAGAUGGAAAACUGGUGUUACGGGCGAUGAGAACUCUAUGCGUAAAAUAAUGCAAGACUUUUGUGCAUUUUGUUCAAAUAAAAAUCAAAGACUCAAUCAGUUUUGGGAAAAUUAUUACACUAAAGAAAACGACAAUAUUGUUAAUUUCAACAAUUAAUUCAUUUUUUUUAUUAAUCUUUAAUUUUCAAUUUGACUUUUUCAUAUUUUUAUAUCUUUAUUUAAACUACCUGUACAUCAUUGACAAAAUUUUUAAAUAAUAUAUUAUAUGAUAGCAUUUUAGACCAAAAAUAAAUUAAUG